UUCUUGAGUAACGUUUGAAUUCGAUACAUCAUUUCAACACUUCCAAUUGUUUUUAUGUGUGUGAACUAUACGCGUAUUGCUUCACAAAUAUGAUAACCAAGUUACUCGCUCUUCUUCUGGUGAUAUCCAUGAAGCUAACAACAAAUAUUAUAAUUUGUCAAACACGAAUAUCCACAGCAAACUAUGAAAUUGUCAAGAAUAUAAACGAAACGAUGGUUUACUAUUUCAAGAGUAUUCGAGAUAUCAGAAGAAGUAAUUUUUACUGCAAUUCUGUCAUAAAUGAUCAACUGGCUUCUCUGGCAUUCAACAAUAUAUAUCCCCAUGGAGAGGUACUGCCAAGAAAUGAUUACGAUUAUAAAAUUUAUGCAGAUGAACAUAAUUUGACUUUUCAUAUUUGUGAAGGAGAAAAAAAAGCAGUGGAUCUGAAAAAAAAUUUAAUAAAAAUAGAUUUUGGUCCAUGCACAUACACCAAAAGCAUGUGUGUUACCACAAGAGAGACAGUACUCUGGAAUAUCGAUUUCGAAGUAAUUUCGAGAGCAGAAGGAGAAAUAUGGUCUUUGGGACAUUAUCGUGAUAUGAAACUAUUAAUUUUUGAUGACAUUAGGAAAACGUAUAUACUGCGACUGCUGACGAAAAUCAUUUUUGAAGACUACGACUACUUUUGGGUAACCAAUGAAGAAAGAAUUCUGGUUCGAGAAGUUUCAUCUGAUCAACCAAAAAAAGACUUAUCGCUAUUACAAAAUUAUUUAUGUUCCAAGUUCAACAAUUCGAAAGAUGACAUCAUAGCGCCAUCAAUAUGGAGCAUGAAUCGUAUAACUUUCUACAUAUUCUUUCUGCUUGUUUCACUGGUCAGCUAUCAUAUUUUGAGUAAAGUAAUUGGUCUGAUAAUUAACAUAAUUAUUUUGGAGAAAACACGAAGAGAUCAUGCUGGUACGAUAUGGUAUUAUAUUUUCUCUCAAAAUUUGAUGAUUCACCAUAUACAAAGGUGUCAUAUUGAUUCUACCAACAAAACGACUGUUUCAAGUCAGAAUCUUAUAGAAAAAAACCAUAAUUCACCAGCACCCUUAUAUGAAGACGUUUUUGAACCCAAGUUUGCACUGAAGUCUAGUAACUUUUCAGUCUGAUUCAAUGCGCAAUCUCAUCUGAAAUCUGGCUGAAUUGAGCAUCAUUUUCACAUAUUUAUAUAUUUCUUUCUUUGGUUGAAUUAUUGUAUGAUUAUCUCAUCAACUGAUUGGUUGAGUUGAAAUAUUAUGAUUUCUUCAGCUUUAAGACCUAUAAUUCCCCCUCCAUAUUUAUUCAAGAUAUGUUGAAUGGAAGACUCUUCCAUUCAUUGAUUGUGUUUUUAUUUUCUAUCCACACUUCAAGGUGUGGAUAGAAUAUCAUUAUUAUUAGGCCAAUUUCCACAUCUAAAAUACAGGUACACUUCAAAAAUAUAUCAAAUGAACUGUAGUUUAUUGAAAUGAUAUGACUUUGUAUUUUACCCCAUGAAAACUCUGAUGUAUUUAUGAUUUGAAAUAAAAAUGAUGACAUGAUGACUUCAAAA